AUGUACAAGCUGACACUGGCGGCCUACUGGUGGCCUCCUGUUGCUCAAUUAAUCCAUUCUACCAAGCUUGUCAUUGUUGGUGCUGCCCCCCCAAAUGGCUCUUCAGAUCCUUUUAGGUGGAGGAAAUUUGCCAAUAAUGGCAUGAAUAUUUGUGGCUUGCCACACAAAAAACAUAUAUCAGCCAGGGGAACAAGAAAAAGAAAGGAUCAAGGACAUCCCAGUCAAGCCACCCACCAAGAUGAAACCUCAGAUGAGGACAAGCCUCAUGCAGAGCCUCCUGCAAGGACCGGUGGCAAAAAAGUUGAGGUUGUUAAAGUUGUGCCCCCCCGUUCAAAGCUAUCGAAGUCAAAGGAUAUACCUUUCCAGUUCAAAAGCAAAAAGUCAGUGCUAAGGCAUCCAAAGUGGUACACACUCCAUACAUUUGCAGCAGGAGAAGACUACCAACAAGCCACAGUAGGCAAAGAAGGCAUUGGCAAUGGUCAAAGAGUUGCAAAAAUCAUCCCAUACCAAGAGCCUCCCAACCACAAAAGGACAGAGUACCGAGUACCAGCCCUAGGGUUGGCCAGCCAUUGUCACUAA